CACUGCGGGGAAGAGCGCGUGCGCGCGGCUCGACUGCCGAGCGACCGCGGGAAAAUUCCAAAAAAGUCAAACAAAACAAAAAAGCAGUACGGGGCAAAGCCAAACUUGCAAGCCACAGAACCCGGGCGGAGGCGUCCUUUCUGCCACUGCCCAAAGUGCUGAAGCAGCUCUGGCUGGCGCAGACCACCCGGUUUAUUCCCUGCUUUUGGUGGUGGAUAUCCUCUAGUAUCUUCUUAAAUGGUGUGUGAAAGAUUUGAUGUGUGCCCACUGUUUCCUUCAGUGCUUGGCGGGCUGCUGUGAAGAUACAUCACCUUUUCCCUUUUUCCAAGAUGGCUCAAGAUUCAGUAGGCUUUUCUUCUGAUUACCAAUUUUGGAUGCAGAAACUUUCAUUGUGGGACCAGGCCUCCACUUUGGAAACCCAGAAAGACACCUGCCUUCAUCUGCCUCGAUUUCAGGAAUUCCUGAGGCAGAUGUAUGAAGUCUUGAAAGAGAUGGAUUCAAAUAUGAUCAUUGAAAGAUUUCCCACAAUAGGUCAACUGUUGGCAAAAACUUGUUGGAAUCCUUUUAUUUUAGCAUUUGAUGAAAGCCAAAAAAUUCUACUAUGGUGCUUAUGUUGUCUGAUUAAUAAAGAACCACAGAAUUCUGAAGAACUGAAACUGAACUCCUGGACACGGGGCUUGCUAUCUCAUGUACUGUCAGCAUUCAAAUUUGAUACAAAAGAAGUUGGUCUUUUUAUUCAAGGUCUUGGAUAUGCACCUGCAGAUUACUAUUCUGGUUUGCUUAAAAAUAUGGUUUUAUCAUUAGUGUCUGAACUCCAAGAGAAUCAUCUUAAUGGAUUUAACACUCAAAGGCGAAUGGCUCCUGAAAAGAUAAGGUUCCUGUCGCGAGUUUGUGUACCACUUGUAACUCUGCCAGAUAUCCAACCACUGGUGGAGGCUCUGCUCACCUACCAUGGACAUGAACCUCAGGAGGUGCUCUGGCCUGAAUUCUUUGAUGCUGUGAAUGAGGCCUUCUUGCUGAAGAAGAUUUCUCUCCCUACAUCAGCUGUCAUCUGCCUCUGGCUUCGGCACCUUCCCAGCCUUGAAAAAGCAACACUGCAUCUUUUUGAAAAGCUAAUCUCCAGUGAGAGAAAUUUCCUGAGAAGGAUCGAAUGCUUUUUGAAAGAUUCAUUGCUGCCUGAAGCAGCCUGCUACCCUGCCAUAUUCAGAAUUGUUGAUGAAAUGUUCAGGUAUGCACUCCUGGAAACCGAUGGAGCCCCAGAAGUACUAGCCGCUAUUCAAGUGUUUACAUGGUGCUUUGUGGAAGCUCUGGAAAAACAAAACAAGCAGCUGAAGUUUACACUCAAGACCUACUUUCCUUAUGCUUCUCCAUCUCUUGUUAUGGUGCUGCUUCAACACCCAAAAGAUAUCCCACAAAAACUGUGGCACCAGCCACUGAAACAUAUUUCUGAAAUGCUCAGAGAAAUAGUUGAAGACCAGACUCAUGGGUCCUACGGAGGCCCCUUUGAGUGCUGGUUUUUGUUCAUUCACUUUGGAGGAUGGGCUGACAUCGCGGCUGAGCAGUUAGUGAUGUCAGAAGCUGAACCCCCGGAAGCCCUGCUGUGGCUCUUGGCCUUCAGCCACAGUCCACGUGACAGGAGUCAGCAGCGAGCACAGACCAUGGUAGAGGUAAAGGCAGUGCUCAGCCACCUCAAGAAGCUGCUCAGAAGUCCAACUCUCUCAGCCAGGGAUCUACAGGCAGCAGCUGCAGAGAGCCAAGACAGAGACCCCAGACCACCUUCAUGUCAACAGCUGAUCAGGCACCUCCUCCUGAACUUCCUGCUAUGGGCUCCUGGAGGCCAUGCGAUUGCUCGAGAAGUCAUCACCCUUAUGGCUCCAACCGAUGAGCUAAGCCACGAGAUUGCUGGCUUUCUUGACCAGACCUUGUACAGAUGGGAUCACCUCUGCCUGGAAGCCCCUAGGUCAAGAAAACUGGCCCGAGAGCUCCUGGCUGAGCUGCAUGCUCACAUCCAGCAUCGGCCGGCUGCACAUGGAGCUGCUGUGCAUGCAGCAGGCUCCCCGAGAUCUCGUGACGAAACAAUGAGACUGAUUCGUCGUGGAACGAGUAGUGAGGAUGAGCCAUAGACAUCUUGGGCUUUGAGAUAAAGCCACACUCUUGCUUCCCUAAGAAAUUCUUCACUAAGGAGUCUCUCGGGCACCUCCGAGGAGAAGCAGAGGCCAUCAGGCCCAGUAGCAAGUGGUAGUGACUGGGGCCACUGCUGUGGUGGGCAGUCAAGCCAGCUCGGCUGUGGAGAACAGCACUGCUUAGCAAUGAAAUAAAGCCGGUUCCAAUGCUAA